AUGGCGGUUGUCCUCCAGGUCGGGGGUCUGGUUCUGGGCCUGGUCUCCUGGUGCCUCCAGUCCAGCUGCACUUCCUCGCAUACGUGGAAGGUGAAGAGUCAGGCAGAAACAGUCACCACCAGUUCGUGGCAGUUCGAGGGCCUGUGGAUGAGCUGCGCCGCUACCUCCAUGGGGUCUGUCCAGUGCAGCAGGUUCAAGACGUUCCUGGGACUUCCAGCUCACCUGCAGGUCUGCAGAGGUCUGAUGAUCGCAUCGCUCCUGCUGGGUCUGGCCUCCAUCGUGGUCUCAGUGCUCGGACUCAAGUGCACGAAGAUCGGAGGAGCAUCCGAGCAGGUCAAAGGUCAGAUGUCCCUGAGCGGAGGAAUCAUGUUCAUCCUGUCAGGUGUCUUCACGCUGUCCGCUGUCUCGUGGUUCGCUGCCGGAGUCAUCCAGGACUUCUACAACCCACUCUAUGCUGGAGUUCGGUUUGAGCUUGGUUCUGGUCUAUAUCUGGGCUGGGCCUCCUCCUGCCUGGCUCUCCUUGGAGGAUCUCUGCUCUGCUGCUCCUGCAGGAGGACCCCCUCCACCCCCCCUGCUUGGCAGUUUUCGUAUCGCUCCCACGCGAGUCGAGGACAGAGCAUCUACAAGGCGGCUGCGGCGCUGGACGGCAGUAGCAGCUCCAGAGCUUACGUCUGAACUCACCAACCCCUCUGAUGGGAUUCAUUAGAGGUCCACUGAUCUGCAGGAAACAUCCAAUCAUCUGUGUGAGAGUGCAGUAUUGGUGCUGUCCAGCAGGUGUCCUCACAGAGAAACGUCUCCAAGAUGAGUCACCCAAGCUUCUAGAAAAUCAUUUAUUUAUUACAUAAAGUCACCAGAUUUCUGUCAUUUAUCUGUUGAACAGCUCAGCUUUUACCACCGCUUCUAAUGAGCGUUUCUGUAGUACCCCUUGUGGACAGCAGGUGGCAGCAGACCAUAAUGAGUGAUUCUCUCCUAGGCUGCAUUUCACCCACAGACCACUAAUCUCCGUGCAUGUUGUUGGAUUUAAGUUCAAUAUUUACCUGAAAUAAUGAAAACUUCCUUUAGUUAAAGACUGUUUAGUUCCUGAUCCUAAAUCAGUUUGAAUGAAGAACAGAAACUCAAGGAGUAAGAACCGGUGAGAAAGUUGUUUUUUUUCCCAGCUGAUGUAAAUAAUAAACAGUUUUCAGUGGUG